AUGUUCAACAGUGUUAAUGACGAGGAAAAUUCUGCUUUAAUACAGGUAUUGACUCAACUUAUACCGGAAGAGUUACAAGAGCAGUGGCUGGAGUGGCUUAAUGAUAGUGGAAAACGUGGAGUUCCCGAGGGGUACGUUGAUACUUUACCAAGGGUCCCAAAACAAAAAAUUAAGGCAGAUGACGCUUGUGCGAUAUGCUGCUGUGUCUAUUUAGACGAUGAUUAUCCUUUAAUAAUAAAACUGCCUCAUUGCGGUCACAUGUUUGAUCUUCAGUGCAUUUCAGUUUGGCUCUCCAAGAGCACAACAUGUCCAAUGUGUCGAAAUGACGUUUUGUCGCACAAGGAAAAGAUCGACACUUCGCAAGCAGAGCUGGAAGAAGAUUGGGGAAUGUUUGGGUAA